AUGGGAAAUUUCUUCAAUGAAGAGAUCAAGAAGGAUUAAUUCACGCAAAUGGGGUUGAAGAACUUGACCCUAAAAGUGAGUUCUCUGAAUUCACAUAUGGCUCCCAACAUACCUUUUGUUUUGGAAUCCGGAUCGAUAUCUCUACUGAAAUUGGACUUGCACAAACUAACUUGUUUGAUUGAGGAAGUGGAGAUCACUUUGAACUUCAAGACCAUCGAAUAAUAUCGAUUGUUCGUACAGACUUAUACGAAGGAAAAGAUGACUGCAGAUAAGCUGCAGAAGAUUAAAGAUGAGAUAAUCAAAGUCUAUAAGGUGAAGAGUGAGACCUCCAAUAAUGUGAAUUAGAAUGCCUGGAACAUCAUUAGAUAGUUUUUAUAGAAAAUAACAUUCACAGUGAAUAAAUUGGUUUUGCAUAUCGUCGAACCAAUUUAUAAAGAUAAACUAUCAUUGGCUAUCAACCAAAUCAGUAUGAGAGUGAGGAAGCUAUAAGAAGAGAAGGAUUAAAUGGUCAGCACUGUGAUUAUUGGAGGGUGUUCGGUGCAUAUCAAUGAACCGGACUAAUUGUUUGAUCCCAAUAAUUUUCAGAGGGAAUCCUGCAUAUUUAGUUUACAAUAGCAAUACACAAAUAAAUACGAUUAACAUGUCGUUAUUCAUUUAAAGACUGAAUUAAAGGAAAGAUUGAAAUUCAAUAGUACAUUAUGUAUAAGGUUGAUGCAAAUGAACUUUAAUUACAAGCAGUUCUAGAUAGCAAUAAGGGUGAUUAUGAGUAUUUUGGAGCAUAAUAAAUUAAUAUAGUCUCAAGACAAAACAAUUAUCGAAUCCAUUAAAUAGGAGACUCCACAAUUUUAAUUUACUUGGUGUGAAUCCAAAGUCUAUUAUGAUUAUUGUGAUAAAUAUGGAGAAGUUAGAGUGGAUGAUGUAGAUCAGAAGUCAUUGAGUGACGAAGCAACUGUUGAGUUUAAUGAUGAUUUGGAAGAAGCCUUAGAGAAGAGCUAGUUUAAUGAGGAAGAAGGCAAUGAGCAAAUGGAGGAGUCUCAGAUUGAGGGGUUUAAUUAAUCAAUUCUUUAUUAAUCUAAUCUUGGAGAUUUAAAUCAAAGCACUUUGAAACAAUCCAUGUUCUCUGUGUCUGUUUUCAAAGAAUUGAUUAAUGAUGAGGACGAUAAACAAGGAUUAGAGGAAUUGGAUGAGGGUCAAUUGAUUUUUAAGUUGAAGAUUCAGAAAAUAAGAGUCCGAUUAUCAAGACACAACAUAAUAGAUAAAUGGAAUGUGGAGAGUUCCAAGAAGACUAACUAUUACGAAUUAGAAAUUGAUUAACUAAAUUGGUUGAUGAACAAAGAAGUUGCUCAAUAGUAGGUCACAACAAUCAAGUAAACCAAAAUUGAGAUUCCCAUCAUUUAACUAUUUCAUUAUGAGUAUUUCAACAUCUUCUCUGGUAAAAUAGUUGAAGAUCUAAGUUCAGAGGAAGAAAGUGGUCAAGACAUAUUUUAAAGUAUAAAUGAUGGGUUUUCCAAUAACACUUAAACUAUGGAAAGCCAAAUAUUCCAUUCUUGUUAUAAUUUGAGUUAAAGUGAUGUUGAGGAGAAGAUAACCAAGAAGAAAAAUGAAUUUAUCAAGGAAUAAGGGAAUUACUAUUAUAAAAAGAAAUGUUUGCUGCAAUUAUAUGAUGGUUGUAAGGAGUCAUCACUUGUAGGCGCCAAGCAAUAACCUCAAUUAAUCACAAAAGUAGAUAACCAAUUCAUUUAUUAAAAUGAUAAAAUUAUAUCUCAGGGGAAUGGUCUGUAAAUUUAAAUGCAUCAUCUCAAUCAUUCUCAUGCGAUCUCCAUCAAGUAGAUCGAUAUUAAUUUAAAUAUCGAUGAGAUCCUUGAAUUCAAAGAGAUUUUCUAAAUCAACCAUGAAAAGAAGCAGAUUAAGAGUAUUCCGAAUCUGAAUUUAAUUACAAUCCAUCGCAUUUAAUUUGAUGUUCAAAUAUAGGAAUCAGACUAUGCUGAGUUCUAUUACCUAUAAUAAAUAAUCAACAAUGAUCCAAACAGUAGCAGUGUCAUGCAUUAAUAAUAGAAGAUGUCAUUUUUCACAUUCGACAUCAUUGAUCUCUAAGUACAGUAAUCCUCUUCUGGUUUCAUUACUUUUAAUUCAAUUAAAUGUUUGAUGAAGGAAUAUGAUAGAAUCAAGUAGGUAUUUCAUGAUGAAACAAUCGCUGAAAUAGGAGCAUAAGAACAAGGUUAAAUUUUGAUUAGGCCUAUUAUCAAACUGAUGGAUACAAAAGAAGUACGUGUGGCUAUUCCAAAACUUUAAGUAUUUAUUAAUCUCUCUUACAUGGAAUAUGUAAAGACUCUAUUUAUGUUAAUUAAAGAUUUUCAAAAAAGAUUGCGACAAUCGAAUACAAAUAAAUAGGAGAACAAAUAAAUUGUACGAUUACUCUUUGAUGAAAUUAUUGUUAAGAUUAAUUUAGACUAAUCAACUAAUCCGCAUUAAGCAAGAUUUAUCUUACAUGCAUCCAAAUUCGCAGCAUAAAUAAAAGGCCAAGAUGAAGUUAUGCUCACAUUGUAUAAUUGUCUGAUCAUCGACACUAAUUGGAAUUGCAAAAGACUCAAACAAGACAUCCCCAUUUAUGGCAGUCCUAAUAAUACUAAAACAGAUCAGCCAUUUUAAGUACUUCAUUUCAGAAAUGAAAAGUACUAAGCAAAUCAAGUGCUAUUCUAUAAAUAAGAACGUUUCAACAGAGAAGGUUUCAAGACUCUUGUGCAAAACGAAACAAUCAAAUCGUAACCUGAGAUGGCUUUCCAAUAUACAGCCAUUAAAUUGAAGACUAGUCAAUACCUAAAUCCAGAUUGCUUAGAUGUUUUGAAUGGAAAUACCAAUUUACUUAUUAUUAAAAUUAAUAAGAACAAGAAAAUUGAUAUUCAAUAUCAACAUGGAAUCAUCCAAGUCGAUGAAUAAUGGAUUGAAACUAUUACAAACAUCCAAGAUUUGGCUAAGAAGUGGGAAUAAACAUUGGUUCCUCAAAAGAACAAAUUGCCCUAAAAAAAUUCAAUUCCCAAUUUUACAUUCUCUGUCUCAAAUAUAUGGCUCAACUAUUUACCAACUUAUAGAAGAUCAACCUUAUUAAAGCAAUAUUUAAUGAAAAAAGAACCUAUUAAAUCGAUAAUUGCAAUCUAACCUGAACAGUUGUAUUAUUCUUGGAUCAGGGUACUAAUCAGAAUUAAGAGUGCAACUGUGUCAAGUGAUUUAUAAGCUCAUUUGAGUUCCGCAUAAAUCUAUGUUAAAAGUACAUCCAAAGAUAUUAAACAUGCCAACCUAAGCUUUUUAAAUCCCAUCCUAUUGGUCCCUCCUUAAAUUGGACUUUUUUAUGAAAAUCGGAAAUUCUCAGAUGGAUUCCAAAUCGACAAGGAUGAACAAGGACUCUUGAGACUUCUGUGUUUUUAAAAGUUAUUUAAAAUCAAAGGAAUAACAUUCUCAGGAAACCUGAUUAAUGUUGGGUAAAUAAAUGGGAAUCUGAAAAAAGAUUCCAUCAUCAGUCUCUGGGAUAUAGCAUCGAUGACAAUAGAAAAGAUAAAAAAGAUCAUUCCUGAAUAGCAAAAUGAGAAUUAGAUCUAUGUCUUAUAAGAUGGUCAUCUCUACACUCCGACUUAGAAUAUGAAUAUUUUUGAUGAUGAUGAUACUGAACUACCUGCAAUAGAAAACACUCCUAAUAAAAAGUAGUUUGAAAUUGUUCUCAAGAGCAUUGAUGUCAAAUUAACAGUGGGCUAGCAUUUUCCACCUGAAUAUUUUAGUGAUACCAAUCCUAUUAACCCUGAAUACGCAUAAUAAAAUCAAGAAUAGUAUUAUCUUGAACACUCAAAUUUAUUGCAUUUAGAAGAGUUUCCCCAAAUGAAUGAUUAAUCAUGCGAUUACAUUCAUUUCAGCUUAAAAGAAUUAAAAUUAAAAUGUUGUGGACCAUCAUAAAGAGAAAUCAAUCAAUUUUACUUAACAUUAUUGAAUUUUCAAUUGGCUGAUGAAAUCAAAAAUUCCAAGUUUUCUAAAUUGAUUGGCAAGGAACCUUAGCUUGAGGAUACAAAUUUUGCAGAAUUCUUCUACUCAAUUGAUAAACCCAAUAAUUCGAUCAAUUUGGAAGCCAAAUUUGCUCCAUUUAGAGUUUGUGUCUCUGGAGAAGCAUUGGAAUUUAUGUUGGAAACUGUAAAUAGUCCAGAAUAAUUGAAUCCAAAGGUCGAUUUGCUGAGUAAAUUGAAUGUAGGAAACGAUAAAGAGUCCAUAAUUGAGUUCUGUGUGCAGGAAGGCUAUUAAGUUACAUUCUCAAGAAUUAGCGAAUUAAAAAAAUCAAUGAAAGUCAACUUCCUGAAUAUCGAACGUAUCUAUUGUUACAUUACAUUCGAUGGAAAUGGUGUCAAACUGGAUGGAAAAUUGAAAGGGUUGGUAAGACUGGCAUCUUAUGAUAAUCUUUUAAUAUUUUUGAAGAGAGCUCAAAUUAAUAAUCUAAUAUUUGAAAAGGAUAGAGAUUUCAUUAAGUUUUUGUUUGACUAAUACUAUAAUUUGUUAAGAAAUGAUUCCUAAUUGAUUCAAAAUUUGAUCACUUCUUUUAAAGCCUUCCAAAACAUCACAAACAUAGUAUCGGGAAUAUAAACUAUGUUCACAACAAUAAUUAAAUAAGGAUUGGUGACUGGAGUGUGUUCAGGAUCUAUUCCAUUGGCAAAAGCCCUGGGAGAUGAAAUUGUCUAUUUGACCAAAAAGCCUAUUGAAGUUUGUAGUACAAUGACAGAAGGAAUUGGAUUAAAAAUAGCAAGCGUUGUAUUCUCUCCAAUUGAAAGAGCCUUAGACUAAUUUUCUACAUUAACUACAAGCGAUAGAAUUCCUAGAGAAUUUCUUAAGAAAUAUAAUGUAGAAUAAACUAAUGCGUGAUCCAUUUUUUUUUAUAAUUAAUACUUUUUAUAACAUAACAUCGUGA